AUGAACAUGCUGGUUCUUGUUAUGUCAAGAAAAUGACAUUAAACUGUACACAUAACCUUACCAAAACACAUUCCUCUACAACGUAGGACUGCGAGUUGGUCUACUUAAACAUUUAAUUCCUACGAUAACAACAAUGUCGACACCAGAUUUUAUUCCACUCUCUUCCGAUCCAAAUCCUUCGGAAGAUCACCAGUCUAGGCCGAAGAAACGGAAAUUUCAACAUCCGAAGAAAACACCCGAUGAAGUGAAACAGAUCAAGAUGGGCCGUCAGAAACGUCGAGCUCGCCUGAUCAUCCGCAAUAUUCCAUUGAAGUCUACCCAGACAAAUCUGAUGGAACAUUUCUCUAAAUUCGGUAAAGUUGAAGAAUUGAACAUACUGAAAAAGGCGGAUGGGAAACUAGUUGGAUGUGCUUUCGUUCAAUACGAAAAAGUCAACCAAGCUGCCAAGGCGAUACUGAUGUGCUCUGGGAAAGAAGUUUUAGGCCGAACGGUCUAUGUGGAUUGGGCAAUUGGUAAAGAUCAAUACAAUAAGCAGAAGCGUAAGACGAACGUCCAAGUAAAAGAGGAUCCGGAUGCAGUGGAGAUCAAAACUGAGAAUGAUGUCGACGAUGUGAGCAUCAAAAGUGAAGAUGACGACGAUGAGGAAAUGGAUUCUGAUGACGAUACGAAGGACAUAAAAAUGGAAAGUGACUCGGAAGCAGACGAUGAAAGUAAAAAGACAAUCAAAAAGCGGUCAAACGAUGUGUCCGAAGGAUGUACCGUCUUCAUAAAAAAUGUUCCAUUCGAAGCGACGGAUGACGAUUUGAUGCAGUGCUGUAAACGAUUUGGAGCUAUUUGGUAUGGACUGAUUACGAAAGAUAAAGUUUCCGGUCAUUCGAAAGGAACGGGAUUUGUGAAGUUCAAAAACAAAGAAUCGGCCAACAUGUGUCUAAAUGCUGGAACCGAAUUGCGUUUAUUUAACCAAGUGCUGGACCCUUGCUUGGCAUUGAGUAGACAAGAUGUUUUAUCCAAAACACAGGAAUCGAAACGCAAAGAAGUUGCCGAUUCACGAAAUUUGUAUUUAUCAAAGGAGGGUGUAAUCAUGGCUGGAACUGCGGCUGCCGAAGGCGUCUCUGUAUCGGAUAUGGCAAAACGGCACCACUUGGAACGUGUAAAAAAUCAAAUGCUGAAGAAUUUGAAUCGAUUUAUGGCCAAGGAACGGUUGACCGUUCACAAUAUUCCUGACAAUUUUGAUUCUGCCAAGCUAAGAAAAGUGGUUGAAACUCACACAAAACUGAAGCCGAAGGAAUGUCGAGUCAUGCGGGAGAAUAAACCAUCAAUGGGUCAACCGCUAGGUGCUUCAAAGGGAUUCGGAUUUUUGUCGUUUAAGAAUCAUGAAACUGCUCUUUUAUGUCUGCGGAAGCUGAAUAACAAUCCGAAUGUCUUCGGGAAGAACAACCGACCGAUCGUAGGCUUCAGUAUUGAAGACAAGGCAGUCCACAACAUCAAACAAAAACGGUUAGAAAUGUCUAGAGCAAAGAAUCCGACGUGUCAUGUGACGACAGAUAAAAAAGGCAAUAAAUCGAAGCAGAAAGAGAGCAAAGAAUUGAAACUCGGAACCAAAAAGCCGAAAGAAAAGAAACUACCGAAGAAUAUUACAAACGCACCAGUAGAAAGCUUUGCCGGCUUAGCAGCCGAACAAGGUCCUGAUGUGCGAGCCCGACCCAAAUGGAAACUGAACGAAGAGGCUCAGACGCACAAAACAGAUGUCAAAGCAAAGAAACGAGAUCAGAAAAAGUUGCGCGAGAAGAUCAUGUUGAACAAGGAGAAACGGCAAGUGGAUCGAACGAAAAACAAGAGGAAAGGAAACGAAGUGGACAAUUUCUCAUUUAUGGUGGAUAAAUACAAGAGACUCAUCGACUCCAGCAACGGUAGUGGCCCAGCGAAACGAGUAAAGAAGUCGAAAUGGUACACUGAAUGAGCAGUUUGUUGUAGACAUUUAGGUAAAAUAAACGACAAAAAAUUCAUUUUCACCAA